UCCAUGCUUUUCCUUAUGCCUACUUGGCAGAAAUGGCUUCUUCCGUCUUCAGCCAAGUCUUCUUUAUUCUAGCUCUUCUCCAUUUCUCUGCAACUUUAGCAGAAAAAAUACCCUUAGGUUCUGGACUUUCAGUAAGUUCAAACCAGUCAUGGAUAUCUGAUAAUGAAGCCUUUGCUUUCGGUUUUGCUUCCUUGAGUUCGGAUGAUAAUUUUCUUCUCGCAAUAUGGUAUGCUGGUCUUCCAGGUGAUCAAACCAUAGUAUGGUCUCCUAACAGAGAAACUCUAGUAGGGAGAGAAGCAAUAGUAAAGCUUGAUCAAACUGGAAACCUGCAGCUUUUAGACCGAAACAAGUUAAUCUGGAGCUCAAACACAAGCAAUCUAGGCAUCGAAUUCGCCAUUCUGUCCGAUUCCGGCAACUUUCUUCUCUGCAUCAAUGAUAAUCAAACGGCAUGGGAGAGCUUCAAGCAUCCAUCCGACACUCUCCUUCCAAACCAGCCUCUCACUGCUUCCCUUGAGCUUACAUCGAAGAAGUCUCUUUUAGGCUACUACUCUCUCAAAAUGCUUCAGCAGCACACAUCACUAAGCCUCGCAUUAGAUUACAUUCCAGUACCCGAAUCCGAGACGAAUUACUCCUACUGGUCCAGCCCUCAGAUCUCCAACGCCACCGGAGAAGUUGUCGCCAUGCUCGAUAAUUUCGGUAAUUUCGCCAUCAUGUAUGGAAAAUCAGCAGCUGGUGCGGUAUAUGUGCACAAGAACGAUUCAAGUAGUUCAUCGGCACUCCGACGAAUCUCGAUUGGAAUGGACGGAAAUUUGCAUCUUUAUCAGUGGAACAGCAGCAACACAUGGGUGAGUCUGUGGUCGGCGGUGUCAAAUCCGUGCCAGGUUGCUGGAAUUUGUGGCAGUAAUAUAUGUAUUUUGAAUGGAAGUAAUAACUCUGGAGCGAGCUGUAAGAAUUUACCGGAGUUACAGCCGCAUUCAGGGGAUUGUAAUGCGAAGAGGAAGAUGGAGAUGGUUUCGCAGACCAAUUACUACUUCUCUGGAUCUUCAACGAUAGCAAAUUAUAGUGGUUUGUCGACGAGUUCUGAGUGCGGGGAUCGUUGUCUAUUGGACUGUGACUGUGUUGCUUCAGUUUAUGGGAUUGUGGAUGAGGAGGCUUACUGCUGGACUCUCAGUAGUUUGUUAUUUGGGGGUUUGCAGGAUCCAAGUUCCACACUUUACAUGAAGAUUGGAGAAAAUCAAACAAUAGGUGAAUCAGGACAGGGAGGUGGGAGAUCAAAGGAAGGGUCCACAAGUUCAUCAAGCCAUAAUUAUGAGAUUAUUAUUCCGUUGUUGUUUUGUUUCUUUGCUCUCAUACUGCUGCUGGUCAUGUUACUGGGUUUUAGCAUCAGGAGGAGGAAGAAACUGCAGGAGAGAUUAAUCUCCAGUUCUCUAAGCCUGCCUGGAGCUCUUGUGUAUUUCUCCUUCCAUGAUCUCCAGAUGGCUACUAAUAAUUUCUCGCGAUUGUUGGGAACAGGGGGGUUUGGGAGUGUGUACAAGGGAACUCUUAGGGAUGGGAGGCUGGUAGCGGUGAAGAAGCUUGAAAGGAUGCUGCCUCAUGGUGAAAGAGAGUUUGUAACGGAAGUAAGUACCAUAGGCGCCAUGCAUCACAUGAACUUAGUCAAUCUUUGUGGAUUCUGCUCUGAGAGAUCUCACCGGCUCCUCGUAUACGAGUACAUGAGCAACGGCUCAUUAGACAAAUGGAUAUUUCCUUCAACCAACCAUCCGAAUAGAGUCCUGGAAUGGAAAACCCGCUUUCAAAUCUCAAUCUCCAUCGCUCAGGGAAUAGCCUACUUCCACGAACAGUGCAAGAACAGAAUCAUUCACUGCGACAUCAAGCCUGAGAACAUACUCUUGGACGAGAAUUUCUGCCCCAAAGUUUCGGAUUUCGGGCUGGCAAAGCUGAUGAGUAGAGAGCAUUCUCACGUGAUCACCAUGGUCAGAGGUACGAGAGGAUACUUAGCGCCGGAGUGGGUGAGCAAUCGGCCCAUCACAGUGAAGGCUGAUGUUUAUAGCUAUGGAGUGCUGCUACUGGAGAUUAUUGGAGGUAGGAGGAAUCUGGAUAUGUCGCUUGAUGCGGAAGAGUUUUUCUACCCUAGCUUUGCAUUCAAGGAAAUGACAAAUGGGACGGCGAUGAGAGCAGCAGACAAGCGACUAAAAGACCACAUAGAGCAAGAAGAGGUGGUAAGAGCUCUGCAGGCUGCCUUCUGGUGCAUUCAGGAUGAGGCAAUGGUGAGGCCAUCGAUGGGAGAGGUGGUGAGAAUGUUGGAAGGAUCGGUGGAGAUAAAUGAGCCGCCGAUGCCUCAAGCUGUUCUGGAAUUUGUCGAAGAAGGGCUCCACACUGUGUAUAACGCCAUGAAGAGAGGUUUUCUCUACGACGAGCUCACUUCUUCAGCGCUGACGUCGUCGUCGGUGGUUCAGAGCCGCGCCCAUUCGCAGGCGAACUGUAGCAACUCAACCAUGUCGCCGAGGUAGGCGUGUGGGGGAUUAAUGGAAUUUAUGUUUUGGGAUGAACUAAACUGAAUUUUUUGAUUCGGUCUUAUGUGCGUCGUUUAUUAGUAUUAUAAUUAUUGUUUGGGUUCGGUGAAAGUUGUUAUGGGAUUGAAAUUUUUUGCUAUAUAUAU